GGCAGGAGCUCGACAUGAGACCAAAUUUAUGAUUUGAUAUCGGACUUCGAAUACAAUUUUCAUUUUAAUAAUUUGAUUCCAAUUGACAUUCAAACUCUGAAUCUCCCACUCCUAAAAACAAAGUUUCAAGCUUCAAAGUAUUAGAUUCAGAUACCCUUCCAAUGAACAACGCUGGUUGACCAAUAUCGUUUGUAGCAGUUGCUUGUCUGGCUGCCACUUGGACGGCGAUUCAUCUACACUUCUUCUUAUACAAAACCACUUAUUUGGUAAAAGUCCUCUUACAGAUUGAAGCGCUAUGAAUUGGUUAAGACCCAUUAGCAUAAUCAGCAGGAGAUGGAAGGGACCGUGGGGACUGAAACACACUCUGCAAGCAGUAGCGAUGGCACUUUCUUUAGCGCUCGCACUCUCACUUUUUAUUGUGAGAGGACCUGGAAAUAAUCUUCUUCACUCAAAUAGCUGCCAUUUCCCGGCCAUAUUCAACUUUGGCGAUUCAAAUUCUGACACCGGGGGCAAAUCCGCUGCGUUUCAUCGACUUCCUUACCCUAAUGGCUAUUCUUUCUUCAACAAGCCAUCUGGUCGCUACUGCGAUGGACGUGACAUUAUUGAUUUUUUAGCUGAGAAAUUGGAAUUGCCAUACUUGAGUGCUUAUUUAGAUUCUAUUGGGACAAAUUUUAGACAUGGAGCAAAUUUUGCUACUGGAGGGUCUACAAUACAGCCAGCUGAUGGUAACAUAUUCGGGAGUGGUUUUAGCCCAAUUUCUCUUGACAUACAGCUUUCACAGUUCGAACAAUUUAAGGAAAGAACUCUCGAGCUAUACAAUCAAGGCAGAACCUUGAACGUGAUGAAUAAGCUCCCAAGACCUGAGGAUUUCUCAAAGGCACUGUACACAUUGGAUAUUGGACAGAAUGAUCUUCAUGCUUGGAUUAAGUUAAUGAGUGAGAAGCAAGUGGUAGAAUCUCUACCUAAGAUCAUUAAUCAGUUUGCUCAGGCCAUAGAGAAACUGUAUCAACUAGGAGCAAGAAUAUUUUGGAUACACAACACUGGUCCUAUUGGAUGCUUACCAUUUGCUGUUAUAUUUUAUCCUCCAAAGCCUGAAAAUAGGGACGAAAAUGGUUGUGUCAAGUCCCACAAUGAUAUUGCCCAAGAAUUUAACAGACAGCUGAAAGAUAGAGUAUCCCAGCUAAGGAAACAACUCCCAAAUGCGGCGCUUACUUAUACUGAUAUCUAUACAGCUAAAUAUUCAUUAAUUUCUGAAGCAAAGAAGCACGGUUUUGCUGAUCCACUUGGAUAUUGUUGCGGCCAUUAUGGGGAUUACCGCCUUCAAUGCGGGAGAAAGGCGAUCGUGAAUGGAACUGAAAUUUCUGGGGAUCCAUGCAGCAAUCCUGAGCUCUAUAUUAGUUGGGAUGGCAUACAUUAUUCUCAGGCUGCAAAUAAAAUUAUAGCCCACAGUAUUCUUGAUGGUUCGCUUUCAGAGCCUCCCAUUUCCAUCAGUGAAGCAUGUAACAAUGAGCACAAAGCAUAACUAUCUUUCCAUGAGAUGGUGACUUUGUUUUUUCUGAUUUUUGAAUCCAAAAUUUAGUCAUUGUUGCUUUCUUUAUAUUGACUCAAAUUUUACAAUCUAGUAACUGCAAACUAAAACUAAAUGGAGAGUGCAAUUAAUGAUGUUAUGAAUGAAAUUUACCAAAA